AUGGCCUUAUCUACCUACCGUAGAUCUUCUGAAUUUCAUUUGUUAAAUCGGCAUGUUAAAUCUGAAAAGCUGGUGUCAAGCAAUGAAGCAUGCCACAAACUUGUGUUGGAAGCAGUGGAAAGCCAUGCUCUCACGGGUGAGAAUAUUCAGUUGGGUACACAAGUUAAUUCCUCCAUCUCAUCUCAGCCUCACUUUGGCCAAAACAUGGAUGUUAUCAUGGUCAUUGAUGCUGUGUCUGAGGGAGGUGAUUACUUGAGUGAGUGUGUGGGGUACUUUAUUGAUGGAAGAUGGGUGAAUUUACCGCACACACACAAUCAUCUUGCUGGGCGUGCUGUGGUAGUAACUGAGUCUUAUCUUUAUGUGGCAGGUUCCAUGGAGCCUGGCUUUGCCAAGACCAUGGAAAGGUAUAACCCAGGUAGAAAUGUUUGGGAGUAGGUUUCCAAUCUGAUAACCAGGAAACAUUAUUUUGGACUUACCGAGGUAAAGGGAAACCUGUAUAGCAUUGGUGGGCAGGGUUAUUUCAUCCCUGGUUCAGAAGUGGCUGUCUACAACCCUGAUCAAGAUAAGUGGCACAACUUGGAGUCUGCCCCAAAGAUACUCUGGGAUGUUAAAGUGGUUACAAUAGAUAACAGAUUUGUUUACAUGGCAGCUCGCACACCAGAUGAUGGAGAUAAUGAAGAUGGCUUAAGGUCUGUCAUUAUUCGCUAUGAUGCAGACACAUAACAGUGGCGAGAUUGUGAGUCUCUGCCACUCCUUGAUAACUAUUGCUGCUUCCAAAUGGUUGUGGGGAACAGCAACUUUUACCACACCGCUUUGUGUUGUCCUAGAAGCUAUCCUCUAGACCAUGAAGAGGCCAAGAGAAAAAUCUCUAAUCAAAUAUCUGAUGACAUUCUGGAAAGCUUACCACCAGAGGUUCUUAGCAUUGAAGGGGCAGCUAUUUGCUGUUACAAAGAUGAUAUCUUCAUCAUAGGUUGUGGAAGAAAAGUGGUUUCUGGGCAAACACGAGAUGUUCUGGCAUCUCAUUCUGAUUUGGGACAGAAGAUCACUUUGGAAUGUCAGCUCAUCCUGGAGGAGGAAAUGUCUGCUUCCCAGCCAGUUACAGUCAGAAAAUCCUAA